CAAAUAAAACAAUCACCGGAAAAUCAACAAAUCUUGAAAAACCGAUGGAAAAUUAACAUCUCCGGCUGUCACAACCGCUGGAAACGCACCUUCACGCGCCGAAUAAACCUAACCGUCACGGUGGCUAAGCCGGACCAGAACCUCCACGCGCCGCGGUACCGCGGCGUUCGAAAGAGACCAUGGGGACGGUUCGCCGCAGAGAUCCGAGAUCCGUACAAAAAAGCUAGGGUUUGGUUAGGCACCUUCAACACCGCCGAGGACGCUGCACGCGCCUACGACGCCGCCGCACGCGCCUUCACUGGUGUUAAAGCAAAAACCAAUUUUCCACUUUUGCCCCUGCCGGAACACGAAAUUACCGAUCGUGCGACUCAGCAGGUUCCGACGACCAGUAGCCUGAGCAGCACGGUGGAGACGGCGAGCUGGUCACGACGGUCAACUCCGGCGGCGGUGGUGGUUGGUUACGAUGACGGUGAUUGCCGGAGUAAUUGUGAUUCGUCGUCGACGGUUGUUGAUGAUGUGUCCGGUGAAGUUAAGUCAGCGGAGAAUAAAACGAUGUCGUUUGAUCUUAAUCUUCCUCCGGUUAUUGAUGAAUUUGAAUUUGAUGAUGAUCCGUUGACCACACUUUGCUUAUGAGUUUCUGGUGAAUUUUUAUUCAAAGAUAAUAUUAAUUUGUUAUGUUUUGUUUUGAGUUGAUUGUGGUGAUGAAUUUGUAGAUUAGUGUAAUUUGUGGUUUUUAUAUGAUGGUCUUGAAAUUUUAAAGCA